AAGAUUCUCGAAAGUUGAGAUUUUUGUGUGCCUACCCCCCGAGCUAGGUUCCUCUUACCUGACUGGCGGCGGCGGCGGCAGCAGCAGCAGCAGCAGUAGCGACUGCCUGCAGAGAGACCACAGCCGUGGCUGCUAAGUUUGGGCUCAGUCCGGCGCCUAAGGCAGGAACUGCGGGGACCGAUAAGGUGCUUAUCAGCGAGCAGCACCGAGCCUUGGCUAACGACCGCAACCUAUUGGAUCGAAAAAGCCCUGGAGAUGUUGCCGGUGUGCCCCUCGAUCGCGCUGCUAGCCCUCUUUCCGACGACACCACCAACCUGCUACAUCAACGCCUCGUCCCCGGCAGGCUGCGCGCACCCAAGCGCCAACGUCGCAAACAUGGCUCGAGUCUACGCCGAUGUCAACCAGAACAUGCCCCGUAGUUACUGGGACUACGACAGCGUUAACAUCAGCUGGGGAGUCCUGGAGAACUACGAGGUUGUUAGGAAGAUCGGCCGCGGCAAGUACUCCGAGGUGUUUGAAGGCAUCAAUGUCGUCAACUACCAGAAGUGCGUCAUUAAGGUGCUCAAACCGGUCAAGAAGAAGAAGAUCAAGCGCGAGAUCAAGAUCCUGCAGAACCUGGCCGGCGGGCCCAACAUCGUUGCCCUGCUCGACGUGGUCCGGGAUUCGCAGAGCAAGACGCCCUCGCUCAUCUUCGAGUACAUCAACAAUACCGACUUCCGCACUCUCUACCCCAAGUUCAACGACAUCGACGUCCGCUACUACAUCUACGAGCUGCUCAAGGCCCUCGACUUCUGCCACAGCAAGGGCAUCAUGCACCGCGACGUGAAACCUCACAACGUAAUGAUUGAUCAUGAGAACAAGAAGUUGCGCCUCAUCGACUGGGGUCUGGCCGAAUUCUACCACCCGGGCACGGAGUACAACGUCCGCGUCGCCUCUCGCUACUUUAAGGGCCCGGAGUUGCUCGUUGAUUUCCAAGAGUACGACUACAGCUUGGACAUGUGGAGUCUCGGUGCCAUGUUUGCCUCGAUGAUCUUCCGCAAAGAGCCCUUCUUCCACGGCAACAGCAACGCCGACCAACUCGUCAAGAUCGCCAAAGUCCUGGGCACCGAUGACCUCUUCGACUACUUGGACCGCUACGAGAUCGAGCUGGACGCCCAAUACGACGAUAUCCUGGGCCGCUUUCAGAAGAAGCCCUGGCACAGCUUCGUCAACUCGGAGAACCAGCGCUUCGUCAGCAAUGAAGCCAUCGAUUUUCUCGACAAGCUGCUGCGUUACGACCAUGCGGAACGCCUUACCGCGAAGGAAGCCAUGGCUCACCCCUACUUUGCGCCCAUCCGCGACCCGGAAAUUCUGCAGCAGUACCUGGCCGGUAACGAGGUAGUCUUGCGCUAGCGUGAAUGUUUCUUUUUUUUUUUUUAAUGCGCCGCGUUGUUCACCACAUAACUACCUCGACGAAGCUGCUUCUUCGCCCCCGCCGGCCCGUCUGCGUAGUCCGGGUGUUAGGAUCCUGUUCCUA